AUGCGGUUCAGGGAAAAGACAAUCGGUGUAACAUCCGAUAUUAGGCGAGCCUUUUUACAGAUUGAGGUAGAGCGUGAGGAUCAAAAUUACGUAAAGUUUUUGUGGUGGGUAAAUAAUAGAAUCGAUGUUUUUCGUCACAAGAGGGUUGUUUUUGGGUUAACUAGUAGCCGCUAUUUAUUGGCAGCUGUGAUUUCAUUUCAUUUGUCCCAUGUUUCGCCUGAAUUCAAAGCUGCUGCGAGAAAACUUUCCAAAUCAUUUUAUGUUGACAAUUGUGUUACGUCAGUCGAUGAUAACGAAGAGCUAAAGGUUUUUAUGAACCAGUCGAUUACUAUUACGGCAGAAACUAAACUGGAUCUUCGAAUGAGGACUUUUAAUUACUAUGGUGAUCAAGAGCUAGCAGCUGAAGAUAGUGAUCCAGUCUCCGCAAUUCUCGGCUUGCAGUGGGACCGACGAGAUGACUGCCUAACAAUAUCCGUCCAAAGAGACUUAUCAAAAAGGAGACUAUUGUCUCUAAUCCAUGCUGUUUUUGACCCGCUUGGGUUUCUUUGUGCUCGUCAUAUUACCUGCGAAAUUAAUUCUUCAAGAGGCUUGGGCAACAAAAUCGACCUGGGAUAA